AUGGGACGUAUGGCGGAGAGUCCUCUCGACCAGCCUUGCAAAAAGAGUCAAGGAUUCUGGACCUUGGCUCGUGAUCGCCUGCCGCACCUUCCCACCUUGGCCCUUGUCUCCGGAGCCUACAGGAUCCCCAUUGUAUACAUCUCUGGUAUCCACAACCAGCACCGGUCUUCCGAACAGCACCGCCAUGGCCAUGGGGAUGGUCAGUCUUACUCUCUCUCUCUCUCUCUCUCCCUCAUUGGACAAUUGGUUGGGUUCACAAUCUUUUGAGUCAAGCGAGGAGAUUUGAUUUUCUAUGUGCCUUCAGAUCUACCAAAGGACAAGUAUCUCGGCGGCUUCCUCGCCACUGGAUUCAACGAGGAGUCCUGCCGGAGCAGGUUCGAAUCCACCAUCUACCGGAAGCCCUCACCCCACAAGCCGUCUCCUUACCUCGUGCAGAGGCUGCGACAAUACGAAGAUCUCCACCGACGGUGCGCCCCCCACACAGCGGCCUACAAUAAAACCCUAAUGCUGCUGAAGAACAGUGAAGGGGACUCCAGCGUGACACCACUUCCCCCUGCCGAGUGCAAGUACCUGGUUUGGACGUCCUAUAAUGACCUGGGAAACCACAUACUCACCUUCGUGUCGGCGUUCUUGUACUCUCUCCUUACUGGGAGGGUCAUGCUCGUUGACCGGGAAGGAUCUCGCCGAUCUCUUCUGCGAACCCUUCCCUGAUGCCACGUGGCUCGUGCCCACUAGCUUUCCAGUCGAUUUCCAAGUCUUCGAGUCGAAGAACAACCACAGCUACGGCAGCAUGCUGAGGUACGGUAAGAUUAACGUCGCUAGCAGUGGCGUCGUGACUAGGCCUCCCCUCCCCUUCAUCUACGCCCACAUGACUUAUAGAUACGACGACAAUGAUACACGAUUUUUCUGCGAGCCCGACCAGGAGUUCCUGGUCAGGAUGCCAUGGAUGGUGCUCAAGGCGGACAACUAUUUCGUGCCGGCGCUGUUCUUGAACCGAAUGUUCGAACCGGAGCUCAGCCGGUUGUUCCCAGACAAGGAGACUGUUUUCCACCACCUGAGCAGGUAUCUCUUCCAUCCGUCUGGCACCGCCUGGGGGAUGAUUACCAGGUACUACUACUCCUACCUCUCAAUGGGUAGGGAGAAAUUGGGGAUCCAGAACAGAAUAUUCAACAAGGACCAGUCACCUUUAGACCUGGUAGCGGAUCAGGUCAUGAACUGCACGCUGAGCGAAGGGCUGCUGCCGCCAGUGGCCUUGGACAGGCCAAUCGUCUCUGCCAACCUAAACAAUUCCAAGGUCGUUCUUAUUACCUCCCUUUACUCCCAAUUCUCUGACCGAAUCAGGAAUAUGUAUUGGGAGCACGCCAACAAGGGCGGCGAUGUGGUUAGCGUCCACCAGCCAAGUCACGAGGAAUGGCAGCAGACGGGAUCGGAGAACUAUGACCUUAACGUGUGGGCGGAGAUUUAUCUCCUCAGCUUUACCGACGUUCUGGUGACGAGCACCGGGUCAACGUUCGGGUACAUUGCACAGGGGCUCGCUGGUAUACGACCCUGGAUCCUUGUAAGACCUUACGGCGGCAAGAUGCCGGAACCCGCCUGCGUGAGGGAGACGUCCAUGGACCCUUGUUUCCACUCGCCGCCAUGGUAUGACUACAAGUCAUGCAAGUCAUUCUCCGACCCGGGAAAGGAGAUCUCCUACAUGACGCACUGUAGGGACGUUCCCGACGGCAUCAAGCUGGUUGCCCCGACGGACUGA